AUGUCGGUGGACAUAGACUGGUCUCUCCUGUCCCUGCCCUCGCUAUCGGGGCCGUCGCUGAGCGACCGCCUCAUUGUCGCGCUCAACACGGCGUUCAACAACGCGUCAAGACCCAGCUUCCUCGGCCCUGUGACAGUGACGACGUUCGAUUUCGGAGACGCCGGACCAGACGUCGAGAUCAAGGACGUGCGCGAUGUGUGGCGUGCCUUCGAUGAGGGAGACGACGAGGGCGACGCCAUUCUGCAAGCUCGAGAAGAGGAAGAGCGGCGAUCACAGUUCGACCAGCUGGAGCAGAACCAGACUUUCCCGCCUUAUUCGCCGCCGCUAAGCGUGCAGUCGGGCUACAUCCCAGGUCACGAAGGGCCCGGCGGACAUGGACAUCGGUUCGGGCAUGGUGGAAGACCAGCGAGUCUCAGCAUCAGCGGCCCACUGAACGGGCUCUCGUUGCCGCAUGGCGGUGGUCCGGGGCUCGCGGGCGCAGCGGCGCUCGCGACCGGACCCUUCGGACGGCGGCCGCGUAUGUCCGGCGCAACCCCCAGCGCCCCAGUAACGACAGCUCAUGCCCCAUUACACGGAGAUCCAGACGACGAUGACGAACCUCUCGACCCGCGAGUGGACGAGGACGCUGGCUCGGUGCACUCUGGCCUGUUCAGUGGCCGACACUCUGUCGCGAGCGUCGGUAUUGGCCUCGGCGGCCUGGGCCUUGCGCGGCAACGGCCUUUCCUGUCUGUCCUCGGGACACCUGGAACGCCACCACGGUAUGCGCCCUCGUACCUCGGCGUCAGCAAACCCAUCGUGCCGAUCGCCUCCUCGCCGCCUGCGUCGCCGCCAGCCCGCCCAGCCGGAUUACCAGAACAGCGCCCGAAUCCGCUUCCGAGCGUUCAGAUCCACCUCCGCCUCGAGCACAAGGCCGAUAUCAGUCUCACGCUCAACACGUCGCUGCAGGUGAACUACCCCUCUACGCUCUUCAUGUCCCUCCCGCUCCGACUAGUGAUCACGGGCAUGACGCUCGCCACGGACGCGGUCGUGGCUUACUCGGGCCAAAAGCACCGCAUCUACGUCACACUAGUCGAUACGGACGACACACCGACGCCAGCGGGAACGCCUGCCUGGGCGGCCGUGGGACAGAGGAUUCUGCCCGAGCUCCACAUCGAGAGCGAGAUCGGCAGCGCGGACGCACACGUCCUGAGGAACGUCGGCAAAGUUGAACGGUUCAUCGUCGACGUCGUGCGCAAGACGCUCGUCAGCGAGCUCGUCUUCCCCAACUUCCAGACUAUCGCGCUUGCGUGA